CUUGCUGGGGUUAUCACUCAUACCUUUCCAGCGGACUGUGUUUCUGUCGAAUGAGAAGAACAUCUUGCACCAUGGAUGGAUUCUACCUUCUCUAUCUGCUCAUGAUCCUCCUGGUGAGAUCUGGUGAUGUUGAAACCAACCCUGGACCAGACAGGAUUGUCAGUGAAAAGGAAUUCUUAAAGCUGUCCAAGCAAAUUGAACCAAGCCACUACAAAGAGGUGGGCAUUAACCUGGACAUCUCCAUUGCAGAGCUUGGUCAAAUCGAGAAAGAGAGCCAAAAUACCAGUGAUGCAUUGAUGACAGUCUUCACAAGAUGGAGAGACAAACAGCCUCCAGGCACAGACAUCAGGGCUCUUCUAGCAGGGGAAUUAGAAAGAAGUGGCUUAGGGUCCCUCUCCGGCAAACUUCUCGCUGGCAGUCUAGUCCUGAAGCAAACAGGUGCACCUGUUAUAAGGCCAGGAUCACCAACCCAAUCACUUUCUCCUGACCUGAUCAAGAGAUGUGCAGAUGAUUUCAAAUUCAAGUACCGGACAACUUUCUGUAAGAUCAGAGAUGACCCUCUCGACCCUGAUUCCAUUGUACCAUUAAAAGACAUGUACACAAACCUUGUCCUGAAAGAGGAAUAUCGAAAAAACUGCAAGCGGGAACUUGAGUACAGUGAUCUCUUUAAACUCGAAGUCAAUGGAGAGUUCCCCAAGCGGAUCAUGGUUCAGGGAGAGGCUGGGGCUGGAAAGACAACAUUCUGUUCUAAGAUUGCCUGGGACUGGAUAAAUGACAGUCUUGCUCUCCAAAAGUUUGUGUGGGUACUUGUUGUCCCUUUUCGUGAAGCCAAACAAUACACGAUCGGUGAGAUUGCCAAGUCAUAUCUCUCCAAGGACAACCCAGCAACAGCCAGCCAGAUCACUGAGUACAUCCGGUCAAAUCCAACUAAAGUAUUCAUCGCGUUUGAUGGAUUAGAUGAGUUUAAGGGCAAGGUUGUACAGGAGGGGGAAGCUGGUUCAAAGUCAGAAUGUCACCAGCCAAAGCCUGCUGAUCAAACCAAGGCAAGAUCAGAGUACAAGAAGAACAAGAAUAAGCGGCAAAAGUUGAUGCAGCCAAAGUCAUCAAGUGCCACUUCGCAGCCAAGAGUCACCAGUGCAGAGGCAAGUAGAAGUUCUUCAGAGAGAGGUGACAUUGCACUUACAGACAUUCUGCGUUCAGAUGAACUUGCCACUUGCCCGGUGUUGGUGACAAGUCGCCCAUGGAAGGUCACAGAGAUAAGAGAUAAUGAUAUUCUGAGGAACCUGUACACUUUCAUUCAUGUGGAAGGUUUUAGCAAGAAUAGUGUGGAGGGUUACAUUCACAAGUACUUUCCAGAAGAUGUGGCCAAAGCAGAUCAGCUUAUCCAAUUAACCAAGGACAAUGACAUCAUCUCUGAGAAUAUGGCCCAGUAUCCCAUCUACAUAGCUAUGCUCUGUCUUAUGUGGAGAAAAGUUAGUGACGUAAAAUUGGAAAAAUUGAAGUCAUUUCAAACCUUUUCUCAAAUAUUUGAUGAAAUGUUCGAAUUCUUGAAGGUGCAUUAUGCUCAGAAAGAGAUCACAGAUUUAGACAGCCAAGAUUUCCAAGCCUUUCGCUGUCGAAUUGAGAAGUUCAUGGAACCAGUUGCCAAAGUUGCAUUCAUUGGGCUACAAGAAAAAACUCUUAUUUUUAAAGAAGAGGAUUUUGAACAGUGCUCAGACUCCAUUGAAACAGCUUGCAGAGUGGGGGUGUUGUCUAAGGAGAAAAAAUUGUCAUCUAUACAUGAUAAAAGCAGUCCGUUCCUGCAGUCUACUUUCUUCUUUCCACACAAACUCUUUCAGGAGUACAUGGCUGCGGUCCAUCUUGCUUCCCUGUAUGAAUUAGAUCACAAUGAAUUCAACAGGCUGAUUGAGCAAGUAGUGUUGCCUAGGAGCGGAGAGUUUAGGCAUCUCCUGUACUUCACUGUAUCACGGGACAAAACCAUUGCACACCAUGUCAUGAAAUGCAUGGUACAGGGUGACAUCCAAAACAGCUGGGAUGUGGAUUUGUUGGUUGAUGUAUCCUUUGAGAGUCAGGACCUAGAUACUGCAGCCUUGGCGAGGGGUGGAAUGUCGUAUCUGGAAAUACACCCAUCCGUGACAGCACACACCAUAGCAGGUUUUAUAUUCACCGGACUAGGUGUACACAGAGAUGCGAUCGAUCAAUGGGUAGAUGGACACUUUGGACCAAUUAUAUCACGUGAUGUGGCAGAGAUUAUAUGCUCUGUGCCCUCUCUAAAGGAUGUUACACUAGACGUUGCCUCCUUCCACAGUGAUUUCUUUGAAGUUCUUGCUAAAGAAGGAAAUAAGUCCAAGGUCCAGACUUUCUGGCUUGAUGAUGUUUGGUGUCCAACAUCAGCCUCUUCACAUUACCUAAUAGAUGCUUUGUGUUCCAUGCCAAACCUGACUGACCUGAUACUACAUGGAAAGGAGUUCGAGGAGGAGUUAUAUUCUGCACUGAAUGCAAAGGCGUCAACCUUACAGGAUUCUUUUCCUCAAAUCAGUAAUGGAAAUUUCAGGUUCAAUAGAGUUCCCCAAGCGGAUUUUGAUUCAUUCCUGCAGUCACUCAAUGACUUAAGACGGGAGGAUACUUCUGAUCUCUCAGAAGAGGAAGAUAGCAUCUCAGAUUCAGACGAGGAGGAUGACCUAUGAUGGACAUCACAGCCAUCAGAAUACCUUCAACCAUCAAGAUCGCAUAGCUGGAUUAUGUGCUGCUCGAUCGUAUAGAACUAUCUCCAAGAGGGUUCUACGACACUUGCUACUGUGACAGUCUUUCUGCGUCGGCUUCCUACACUAACCAAAAUUCCAGCUUCAACCUCAGAAGAGGAGGAUUACGUCUCAGACGAGGAGGAUGACCUAUGAUGGACAUCACAGCCAUCAGAAUACCUUUGAGAGCCACACAAUGGCAGUGCACAACCAUCCAGAUUGCACAGUUUGAUUAUGUGCUGCUGGAUCAUAUAGAACUAUCUCUGAGUCGGUUGUACGACAGUUGUUCCGCGUCGGUUUCCUACACUUACCAAAAUGUUAACUUCAACUUCAGGCCUUACAUAUUACUGUAAACAUAAAAUUAUAAUAUUUAACACUAGAAAUGAAACAGCAAAUUCAAUGAACUUCAUAUCACAACAUAGCAAUGUUAUAUUCAUACACAAUAAAUAUAUCAUAUUACGUGUACCUAACCGUAAACAUUAUUACCUGAACUCAAAAUAAAGUGCGACCAUAACCCUAUAUAUUUCAUAAAGUAUAGCCUGGAUCAUAGGAUCAAAUGUUGACCCUCAUCCAUUUUUCCCCCUCAUCCACAGGAUUCCUUUACAUCUACAAUCAUGCAAAAUUCCAUAUUUACAUCACUUGGUCAAACUAAAAUUUAUAUUAAAACAUUUUACCAAAGCAAAAAUCAAUCAUAUACUGCAUUCAAUUUAUUUUAUAUGACAGAUUAUGACUUUAAACGUAAACACAAUAACAAAAAAAUUGAUGGUCGAAAUAAAAACACUUUUUCAUGAAUUUCUUUUCUCUUAGAUUAGUUUGAUCAAUACAUUUUUCAAUUUCAUGAUAAAAUUAUAUAGCUGACAUAAUAUUGUCAAACAACGUAAACGUUUGUUCCACUGGGCUGAAAACAAUUCUGUUCUUACCACCAUAAUAAGCAGCUGGUCAACCAGUUGUGUUACUCAAUAUCCCAAGGUGUAACGCCUGAUCAUUAGCAAUUCAGAAAAAAAUAGCUGUGAAGGAUGACUUACUGAAAUCUUUUAUUUUUGUCUGCACUCAUAGAAGUAAGUUGCAAGAAUGAAAUUUGAAACUUUGGCCCUGUUUUAUGAAACUUGUUAUCAAUAACAAGUUGCAAUAACUAUUAUGAGCUAUUGAAAUUGUUGCAUUUGAAUGGUUGAGAGCCAAUUUGUCAUAGAAAAUGUGACACUUGUUAUUGGUAGCAAGUUUUAUGAAACAGGACCGAGAGUUCCUUUGAGCUAGUUUGUCUGGAAAUUGGAUUUCGUUACGAUCGAGGGCCCUCUUGCUUCAAAAGUUGCAAUGUCAAACACAACAUUACUCAAAAAGUAAACACAAUUACUAAAUACAUGACCCCAAUUGGUUGAAAAUGUAAUUUUGAUUUCAACUUUUUAUGGAAAAGUCCCCAGAAUGCAAUAUUGACUUUGAGGUUGUUUUGUAAUGUGUUUGUAAUUUUAUUAAGUAUUUAAAUUACCAUGUUGUACUUAAUUGUAUGCAUUUUGGUCAGGCUCACACAAGUUGCGUUUACACAGUUGGGCCCCGAAAGUUUACAUGUACUGGGAAGAAACUCAUUUUACUCAGAUUUUCUCAACUUCAUUCGUUCCUAUCAGGAGUCACUCAUCUCAGAGUAAUUAGUGAUGUAUAUACUAUAUAUAUUAAACAGAGACCAUAUUUGUUUAUCUUCCUGAAGUGCAAAGUUGGUAGGAAUGAGUGAAAUUGUGAUAAUGUAUAUCUGGCCCGACUCUACAUGUAUGUACAUCUACAAUUCAGGGAUUAUUCCAGUACUUGAUUUUUUGUUUGUCUUUUUCUAUUUUUAACUAUCAGUAGAUAUGUACCAAGUUUUGCGUGCCUUAUGAUUUUUUAUAUACUAUAAACAGAGACAAAAUUUGUUGUAUCUUCCUGAAUUGAAAAGUUGGCAGGAAUGAGCGAAACUGUGAUAAUGUUUAUCUGGCCCAACUCUACAAUUAAGGAAUUAUUCCAGUACUUGACAAUAUUUUUUUUUCUUCUCCAUCUUCUUCCAUUUGAACUGUCAGUAGAUGUGUACCAAAGUUUUGUGUGCCUUAUGCUUGACAAGUUGGCAGGAAUGAGUGAAGUUGUGAUAAGGUAUAUCUGGAUCAACUACAUGUAUAUACAUACCACAAUUCAAGGAUUAUUCCAGUACUUAAUAGCAUUGUUGUAUUUUUGUUCUUCCAUUUUAACUAUCAGGCCUAUGAGUAGAUGUGUACCAAGUUUUGUGUGCCUUAUGCUGAAGGCCUGCAUGUAUAUAUGAACAAAGUGGUCAUGUGAUUUGAUAUUAGCCUUGAUGCCAAGAGCUUCUUGUAUAGGAGGGAGAUAUGCAUUGAAAUCCUGAACUCUGUGACAUGUUGAAUUUGUCAAAAUCACCAUUUUUCAAUACAAACUGGCAUACCAGUGUGUGUUUACUGUACGACAUACUUUCUAUCAGUGUGUAAAUCAAUAUUCUUUGAAGGUACAUGAUUUUUAUGAGAAAGAUGUAGCAAUAAAAGAACGUUACUUUCCAAUUUCAAGAAGAAAAUCUGAUCACUGCAGUUUGAAUCAGAUGAUCUUAUAGUUAGCGAGUUUACAGCUUCGUAUUUAUAUGAUAUGCAAAGAAUACCAAAUUAACUGAAAUGGAAAUUUCAUUACAUCUGGAAUAUGUUCAUUAUAUAAUCAUGUUUGUGCAUACCAUGUUUAUGUGUACAGAGUAUGUGCCAAAGAUUAAAGUAUUUUUGUAUUUCUUA